AUCUCAGAAACUUCAAACAUAAUUUAGCCUAAAUUUUUUUUUUCUUUAUUGUCCAACUGCAGCAGAAUAUGAACGCGGGCGCCAGAAGCAAAUGGCGGGAACAAAUUGAGGAGCGCCCAAUCCCUUUUUAUUUCCUUUUUUCCAAUUAUUUAUUUAUACUAACAUGAAAUUGAUUUGAAAUAACUACAAUCGCACAUACAUACUCCUUCAUAUAAUAAAACCCCCGAGCAAGGAUAUACUGAGUUACGAAAAUGGGUAAGAAGAAGAGAGUUAGGGUUUCCGAUGAUGAGGAAGAAACCGAAUCUGAACUCAACCCUUCCAACAAUCACAACGAAAAUUCCCUCUAUCAGGUUCUUGGUGUGGAGAGCACAGCUUCACAACAGGAAAUAAAGAAGGCAUACUACAAGUUGGCAUUGAGGCUGCAUCCGGAUAAGAAUCCUGGUGAUGAGGAAGCUAAGGCCAAGUUUCAGCAAUUGCAAAAUGUUAUCUCGAUACUUGGGGAUGAGGAAAAACGGGCCAUUUAUGAUCAGACUGGAUCUGUUGAUGAUGCGGACCUUGCAGGGGAUGUUGUUCAGAAUCUUCGAGAAUAUUUCAGAACAAUGUACAAGAAGGUCACUGAAGCGGAUAUUGAGGAGUUUCAAGCGAACUAUAGGGGAUCUGAAUCUGAGAAGAAGGAUUUGAUUGACCUGUACAAGAAGUGCAAGGGUAACAUGAACAGGCUAUUUUCUUCAAUGCUUUGUUCGGAUCCUAAACUUGACUCACACCGAUACAAGGAUAUUCUUGAUGAGGCUAUAGCUGCUGGAGAACUAAAGGAGAAAAAAGCCUACAAGAAAUGGGCAAAGAAAAUAUCAGAAAUCAAACCACCUACUAGUCCAUUGAGGCCAAGGGCAGAAUCGAAAAAGCAACCAGGAACGGACUUGUACGCUAUGAUAUCACAGCGACAACAUGAGCGGAAAAACCGGUUAGAUUCUAUGUUCUCAUCUCUAAUUUCAAAAUAUGGUGGACGUCAAAUGCCAGAACCCUCUGAAGAGGAAUUUGAAGCUACACAGAGAAAGCUUGAAAGCCGAAUGUCCUCAAAAAAGUCAAGGCCCUCUGAAGAGGAUUUUGAAGCUACACAGAGAAAGCUUGAAAGCCGAAGGUCCUCAAAAAAGUCAAAACUAAAGUAACCUACUUAUAAUUUUAUGUCUAGUUUGUUUCUUUGAGUGUGAGCGUUCUUCAGCUAUUAUUAGAGGGAAUUCUUAUCUAUUUUGCUGAACUAGGGGUAGUUGUUACAUUUCUAAGUUAAUGUUGCUGGUUAUUGUGAAGGCUUAUAGAGCAGGAAAGUUCCUAAAAACUUAGGCCUGUUGUAUGUUUAUUGAUUUUUCUCUGAUCUGCUUGCGUCCGUUUUUGGAGCAUCAGUACCAAAUCUCAGAUUCACAGUGUAUUGGUUACUUAUAUUAUGUUUUCAAUGUUUACUUCUCAUUUAAGUUCUGCUUUGAUACAGCUAUGUUUGAAGAUGGAAUGAAAGGGAGUGUUUUUAUGUUC